GCAGGAAACCUCCUCCUCUUCCUCUUCUUCAGAGCGAUCUGUCGGUACCGGCGUGUGCGGCGCGAUGCGCGAUGGGUCAGGCGUGCGGACACUCGCUGCUCUGCCGUAGCCAGCAGUACCGGACCCCGGCGGCGGCCGAACUACGCGGACAGCAAGUGUUUCUGAGAGCCGACGUCGCACCUGCUGCUGUCCUGCCCUCCCUACAGGAUGCAUUGCUGCAGUUGGCCUCCGUUGUUGAUGUCAGCAGCCUUCAGACGACCAUCAAAGAUGUGCUCAGAGUUGUCCUGCCAAACGUGGAGUGUGUGUUCGUGUACCUGUUGGAGGCGGAGUCUCGGCUGCGAUGUGAGGAUCCGCCCCAUGAGGUGCCGUCAGAGGGCAAGCUCAGAGACGCGGUGAAGCAGCAGAAGAGACUGCAGUGCUCCACAAGGGACUUGAUUUCUCUCUGUGGUGUAAAAGCACAGAGACAGUGUGAUAAUGAAAGACGUUUUAAAGAGUGA